AAAUUCCAGCUUAUUGUCAGUUCACUCUUCUAUAAUCGCUAAUUCUUUGCUUUCGAUUGAAGCUCUGCUCUGUUGCUCGCUGAACUUCAUCUUUGAUCUUACCAUGGCGACCCAACCAUCGAACCACCCAGAAUCCAUUUACGACUUCACUCUGAAGGAUGCACAGGGAAAUGAUGUCAACCUUAGCAUAUACAAGGGUAAAGUUCUACUCAUUGUCAAUGUUGCUUCGAAAUGUGGGAUGACAAAUUCGAAUUACGUGGAGUUGAACCAACUAUACGAGAAAUACAAGGAACAAGGUUUGGAAAUACUGGUAUUUCCAUGUAAUCAGUUUGGCGAUGAGGAACCGGGAAAUAACGAGGAGAUCAAAGAUUUUGUUUGCAGUCGUUUCAAAUCAGAAUUUCCAAUUUUUGACAAGAUUGAAGUAAAUGGAAACAAUUCUGCUCCACUCUACAAGUUCUUGAAAUUGGGCAAAUGGGGGAUAUUUGGGGACGAUAUUCAGUGGAAUUUUGCCAAGUUUCUGAUCAACAAGGAUGGCCAAGUAGUUGAUCGUUUUUACCCCACAACAUCACCUCUCAGCAUUGAGCAUGAUGUCAAGAAGCUGUUGGGUAUCUCAUGAGCUCUGAAUCAUACCACAUGCACGUCCGUAUCAUCAGAAUGCUGCUCGAUGGAGAUGAACUUCGAAAUCUGUAAUUGUCCCCGUGGAUACUCAUAACAGGUCUUGCGCUUGUUACUAUAUUGAUGAUUUUUUAGUUUAAAACUUGUAGUGGAUGGUUGAAAUGUCUGAAAUUCCUGGAUUUAUGAUAUGUAUUAUUGAAGAUCAUACAUG